CUUCUGAGUGAGUAACUGUGCGAGUCGCAGCCUCGGAUCCUCAGUCACCACGAGAUCGGCAAGCCGAAUGGUCAAGCUCUCUCUUCUAUCGUGCACACACGAUACCUGUCUUGAGGCUUGUUGUGAUUUUACCAUCAGUGACUUUUAACCCCUCGAGUUCUCGUGCGAGAUCGUCAUUACAAUUAUUAACUAUCGAUCGAUCGGAAAGUAUAAAGUGAUUUCCGUUUUCCCGACGAGUCGAGAGUGUGCGGACGUUAACGAUGCGGAGGCGCUUUCCGUCGAGUCGUCGUCGUCUGCCCGACGGCGCGCGAUAUUAUCGAACCGAACUGCAGCAGUGAGAGGAAUCGCCAAAAAAUCUCGCGGACAGGACAGAGAGACCCGAUCGAUCCCAAGUGCCGAAGGAGAGAGAGAUAGAGAGAGAGAAGAGGGUUGUUCGAGCGACAUCGGCAAGGAGCUCUCCGCUGCUGCCUGGAGCACGUCGGAGGGAGCUGGUGCGGCGAGAGCGAGAGAUGAUCUUCGGGCUGCUGGUGGCCGGAGCUUUUGCCCUCGCCACACUAAGGCGGUAUUCGGUGGCCCAGACGGCUACCCUGACGAGCCUCGCGUUCUUCCUCAGCUCGGGUCUGGGCGGCUCGAUCAGCUGCUGCUCGGCGACACCGGUCUAUGGCAGCAUGCGCGCCACCUACAGCGAAGCCAGUAGCUCGUACUUCAACAUGGAACCCUGGCUCCAGCCCUGCGGCACACCCGUCGCCGCCUCCCUCAGGAAGUUGCCUCAGAGGCACAGCGUCCACAGGGCGCUUAAGAGGGUCAAGACGCAGCUCAGGGUCGCGCAGAACCACUUUCGCAAGGAUCUCAAGGACAUUCACGAAAUUUACUCUAAGGUGUAUAAAGUGCUGAAGGAGCAGUACCGCAUGAGCUGGCUGCCGGAGAAGCAGCUCGAGUGGUACCACCGCGAGGUCUGGUGUCUGGAGAAGGGCAAGAAAGCCGAGCGAGCUUUGCCGCGGCUUCACGAUGCUCUCCAGAGGUUCGCCAUCACUUUCCAUCACCUGCGCGCCUUCAGGCUCAAGUCCAACAUCAACGCCGACAUGACAAUGAUUAGGCGGAACGAGAUCAUCGACGGAAUGAACAACGAGAUUCUCAGGAUGCUCUGCGAGGUGGAAACGGCGAUCCUGAAUCUGGGUCUCCAACUCCCGGUCACCCACAAGUCCGUCAUCGUGACCGAGUCCUCAAACUGGGCUCGGGAGGGCGACCUCACCCUCAUGCUGAUCCAGGACUCUGGUGUGCUUCGUCUCUACCAAGCAUUUCUCAACGACUGGAUCCGGGCGCUGCGCAACGCUACAGCCACUGGUCCCGGAACCUGCGACCCGGCGAUGCUGAGACCGCUCACGAGCUACUUCAAGCCCAAGAAGCAGCAACAGCCCGGCGCCAAAAAGGUGAACAAGCAAAACCCGAAGCGUCCCAAGGCUCACAAGAUGUCCGAGGCCAGAAAACACCAGCAGGCCGGAAAAGACCAGCAGGAACGUCAGCUCGCCCAGACGUCCAGGAGGAUGGCAAGGAAGAAGGUCAUGAGAAAGAAGCAGAGGAAGAGCUUCUGAAGGCGUUAGAGACUUUGUCGAUUAGGAACACCGGUAUUUGUAUUAUUGCUGAGGCAAACUCACUGCGUUCUGAGAGUAAUUAAAUUACUAUAAGGAUAUACCGAAUUAGGAUUUGAAAAAUUAUGCGCGAUCGAACUAUGUAUUAUUAUUAUUGUCAAGAGUCUUUUCUACUCCAUUCUGGAGUAAUGAAGUAGAAAAGCGAAUAAGGAGAUGAAAAAUUCAGCGUGUACCGGUGUAACGAGACGGAUCAUAUUGCAUGAUUUCGGUAUAGGCAUUCGAUUAUAUUUAUUGUAAUACUUCGCGUUAUCGACACUACGAGACGUAAGUUUUUAUAUUGAACUUCGAGUUGUUAAUAUUUAUAAGAUUUGCUAUCCGAUUAUUUUCGACUAUAUUAUAGGGUCUAGCGUGUCACUGUGCAAAUUUGAUGUAAACGACAGAACCAUUCCGUAGACUUUGAUAUAUAUAGACAGUAUUAAGAGAUCUACUUCAGUGCGAUCAAGCAGUAUUAUGUGUAACACGUCGAGUAAUUAUAAUUUAAUUAUAUAAAGGUACUCUACCUUUGCGCGACUUGCAGAUUAAAUUAUCGUCGUCGCUAGACUGCUGAAUACAGACUCGAUCGACGGUUUCAUCGAUUUUUGACUACGCCGUUUCGUAUUUUAACGUCAUGUGUAAUUUAUGAACGAAAAAUAAUGAAAUUAACACUUGUAUUGUACCAAAAAUGUAUGCCAAUUGAUUAUUAACGAGUUGAGCAAUGUGUAAUUUGCACUGUUAUGAAAUUACGAUUAACGAGAGAAAAUUGAUUUUUGGAGUGAAAAUCCGUGAAACCUUCAGCCGUCAGUACUUACAAACGACAUUCGAAAUUGCGAAAAUUUAAAGAAUUCUUAACCUCGAAUGACUUAUUGUAAAUUUUAUCCAAAAUAAAAGAUCAUAUCGUACUUAAAAUUAAGAUUGUAUUUUGAAGUAUCGGCUCGAAAGAUGAAUCGAAGAUUAAUUCUCUACUUUUUCGAUUUGAGAAUGUUGUCUUGUUGGUUGCAGAAUCGUAUACGACGUAAUCGCUUCCGGUUUAAGAAGAACACUCCAUCAUCGUCCAUUUGCGUUUGGCGCGAAAUGGAGUGCAUAUCCAUAGAGAACUUAAAAACUGAGAAAAACUUUAUUUAUUGUAGCUUUAACGUGGCCCGCGACACGGCGAAAGCUUCCAAUUGUAGCUGUGAUAUAAAAAAAAACAAACGUACGUGGACGUUGCUGAGUUCCUACGUUUUCUUUGUAUGUCUUUUUUUUCGUAAUUACUAUGUACUAUAAUCCUAGAAUGUAUGACCUAGUGUAAUGACAAUUUUUUUCUUACCCUAUAUGCGCUGUUAUUGUACAGAAAAAUAUAUGCAGAUACUGUGCGUCACUGACCACUUGUAUGCACUACUUGAAAAAUUUGUUACAGACAGUUUACCGGCGCUUAAGCUCUAUAACUUCUAGAUACGUAAAAUUAUUUUAAAUAAUGUACUUAGAUUUAAUGAAGAGGUACAAGUAAAUUCUUUGUAACAUGUUUUUCUCCUAUUUCAACACCGGCGCACGAGAAAAUUUGAAUCUCGCCCGAGUACCUUCAUAACAUUCCUCUACGCAGGGUCGAAAUAAUACUUUGAACAAAAUCUGAAGAUUCUGGAAUCCAAUAAUCUAUAAUUAAAUUUAAGAGUAGCGAAUUUUGCGCACGAGGGCAACGUGUUGUAUUAGAAAAGAGACUUGGUCAAUAUUUGUUGUGCGAAAACGAAAAUUGAUUUCCAUUAAUAUUUUAAUAUAGUAAUGCGAGCGUUAAAAAUCCAGUAUAUCAUUAUCCUUGCAGCGUUUCUGUAGCUCUUAAGUUCUCUGUAAUUUCUUUUUCAUUGAUUUAAUCUCUUAUCAACUAUAUCAUUAUUGCAUACAUGUAGUAUAUAUAUUUAUUGGGCAUACACACACGCAUUAUUUACAUAGCGUUUUACGAUUUAUUAUUUAUUAUAUCACGUUACCAUCGACUAUAUGUUAUUGCAUACAAAUAUAUUACUUGUUAUUAUUUCCUUUUUUCUUUUUCUACUUCUAUACGUAAAAUUUACUGCUCCGUCUAACAUUUAAACGAAAAACUUAGUUUCCCGGUGCUCAAAGUGCCGCCUUUUUUGUACAUGUUUUUUGUAAAAAUACAAUAAAUUAUUUCUGCAUAAUAGGAAAAUAAAUAAACCUGCAUUCUAAAUCACAA